UUCCACCAUAAAAUCUCUCUGAUUUCUCAGCACAAAUAAGAAGAACCAAGAGAUCUCAUCAUGGCCGUCGAUCUAAUGCGUUUCCCUAAGAUGAUGGAUGAUCAAAAGGCUAUCCAGGAGGCUGCAUCGCAAGGUUUACAGAGUAUGGAUCACCUGAUUCGCAUCCUCUCUAACCGCCCCGAACAACACAACAACAACAACAACAACGUUGACUGCUCUCAGCUCACCGAUUUCACCGUCUCCAAAUUCAAAACCGUCAUUUCUCUCCUUAACCGUACCGGUCGCGCCCGCUUCAGACGCGCUCCGGUUCACUCUUCUCCUCUGAAACAACAGAGUCAGCUCGUUAAUAUCGCUGCCCCACCGGAGACUCCGACGAGAACGACGGCGAAUCUCUCUCAAAUCGUUCCUCCUCCUCCACAACCAUCGGUUGUUGUUACUCCGUCGAGCUUCGUUCACUCGAAUCAGCCGAGCGUAACACUCGAUUUCACUAAACCCAGCAUCUUCGGAUCCAAAUCCAAGAGCUCUGAGCUCGAAUUCGCCAAGGAAAGCUUCAGUGUCUCUUUAAACUCUUCGUACAUGUCGUCGGCGAUAACCGGCGACGGUAGCGUUUCCAAGGGAUCCUCAAUCUUCCUCGGGUCAGCUCCGGUUAACUCCUCCGGAAAGCCACCGUUGGCUGGUCAUCCUUACAGAAAGAGAUGCCUCGAGCACGAGCACUCCGAGGAUUUCUCCGGCAAGAUCUCCGGCUCCGGCCACGGCAAGUGCCAUUGCAAAAAAAGCAGAAAAAAUCGGAUGAGGAGAACCGUGAGAGUACCGGCGAUAAGUGCAAAGAUCGCCGAUAUUCCACCGGACGAGUUUUCAUGGAGGAAGUACGGACAAAAACCGAUCAAGGGCUCACCACACCCACGUGGUUACUACAAGUGCAGUACGUUUAGAGGGUGUCCAGCGAGGAAACACGUGGAACGAGCAUUGGAUGAUCCUGCGAUGCUUAUCGUGACUUACGAAGGAGAGCACCGUCAUAACCAGUCCGCGAUGCAGGAGAAUAUUUCUUCUUCAGGCGUUAAUGAUUUGGUGUUUGCCUCCGCAUAACUUUGACUUGUAUUGUUUAUUUUAUUUUUUUGAGCACUAGAGGGAUUGAUUUGUAAAUUUUUUGUACUAAAAUGUUUUGAUUAGAAAAAAUUAGUCUGAAAUAUAUAAAUAUAUCAUAAUAUA